AUGCUAAAUCUAUCAGUUCAUUGUCCACAUAUAAAUGAAUUAUUUACUGAAACUUUUGUUCAAAUGCAUGUUCUUCGUCGUAUCAAAUAUUAUCAAUUACCAUGUCAAAAAUAUUCAUCAAAUCUUUCUUGUUUUUAUGAUGAUCUUCAUAUUUGUUUAUGUUAUGAUUAUGGACAACAACGUUUAGCGAACUGUUUUGAUUUUAAUCAUAAUAUGAAACUCGAUUGAUCAUUCAUUCAAACAUCAUAUGAAGAUCCUAUUAAUAUUAUGAAACAAUUUUAA